AUGGCGUCCGCCUCCCGCGCCCCCACGAAGCCCCAGCAGAUCCUGGUCCUCGACCCGCCAACAGAGCUCAAGUUCCGAGGCCCCUUCACCACCGUAGUCACCACGCAUCUUAAACUGCGCAACCCGACGGCGAGGAAAGUGUGCUUCAAGGUGAAGAGCACCAGCCCUCGCCGCUACUGCGUGCGUCCCAGCAGCGGCGUGGUCGAGCCGGGCUGCACCGUGACUGUCGCCGCCAUGCUGCAGCCCUUCAGCUACGACCCCAGCCGGGAGGCCAAGCACAAGUUCAUGGUGCAGACAGUGUUCGCUCCCCCGGACACUUCGAAUCUGCAGGCCGUGUGGAAGAAGGCGGACCCCGGUGAACUGAUGGAUUCGAAACUGAGGUGUGUGUUUGAAAUGCCGAGAGAGAGUGACAAACAGGAUGACGGCUUGAGACUCAGAAAGCCAGCGCCUCUCAACAAGCCCAGGCUCGACUCCUCCACGUCCUUGAAGCCAAGUCGCACCGCGCCUCUUCCUGUUGUUCUGCUGGUGAUUGGAGCAGUCUUCAUUGGCUUCUUCCUGGGGAAAUUCAUCCUGUAGAGGGAGGCGUGCACAGCGGUAUUACCUCCCACCCCACCCCCAGAAAAAAACCCAUCUCUUUACCCACCAGCUCCUUGGAAGUUAUAUGGCCCGCGGUGACCAACUUGGUGUGUGUGUAUAAA